GGCGGCCUCCGCAGCCUCUGAUUGGCCCGCAGCGGCAGCGCUGGGACGGACAACGAGCCUCCGCCGUCUCCGCUGGAUAAGCGCUGGAAAAGUCACUUGGUCCACGAAGAGGACAUAACGGACCGGACCGUCCUGGGCUUUUAUUUAUUUAUUUAUUCAAACCAUAGGCACACCGUGACUCUUAUUGUAAAUGAUGGAAGCAUGCGGUUAUCCUGCAGCGUUGAAGCGGAUGUUUUCUGUCAGAGUCAGUCAUGUGCUGGUGUGUUAAAGCUCGGUACAAAGUCGACCGCUGUCACCCUUAAUUCAUGGACGCAACACGGACUUUAGCGAAAAACACUUCUGUCAAAAGGCAUAAACGAGGCUGAUUUAAUUCACUUCAUAUCGAGGUUUGGGGAAUAUGAAUUUGUGUCUGCUCAGAAUGGACAUCCUGAAGACGGUGUUGUUCAUCUUUGAGGCUGUUUUACUGACUGACUGCGUAAGAGGACCUCCACGGGUGUCUGAGAAAGUUGCCUACAGACAAACGGCAAGGUUGGGUAGUGCCAUCAAGCUCCCGUGUCCAGUAGAAGGAGACCCCCCACCCCUAAUUAUGUGGACCAAAGACAGUCACAACAUCCACAGCGGCUGGAUCCGCUUCCGAAUCCUCCGCAUGGGCCUGAAGAUCAAAGAAGUGGAGGCAGAUGACACGGGGACCUAUAUCUGCAAAGCAAUCAAUGGCUUUGGAAGCGUUAACAUCAACUACACCCUCAUCGUCAUCGAUGACUCUGGUUCUGACAAAACCAGACCAGCUGGUGGAGCAGAGCCUGAUCUGGGGAAUGAAAAACUUGUGCGUCCUCGCUUCACACAACCCACAAAGAUGAGGAAGAGGGUGAUAGAGCGUCCCGUAGGUAGCUCGGUCCGGCUCAAAUGCACAGCCAGCGGAAACCCUCGACCAGACAUCACGUGGCUGAAGGACGACAGGCUGCUGACGGAGCAAGAGGUCGGCGAGGGUCGUCAGAAGAAGUGGACUCUGACUCUAAGGAAUCUGAUGCCAGAACACAGCGGCAGAUACACCUGCAGGGUGUCCAAUCGAGCAGGAGAAAUUAACGCCACAUACAAAGUCGAGGUCAUACAGAGGACGAACUCCAAGCCUGUUCUGACGGGGACUCACCCGGUCAACACGACCGUGGACUACGGAGGCACCACGUCCUUCCAGUGCAAAGUGAGGAGUGACGUCAAGCCGGUCAUUCAGUGGCUCAAACGUGUGGAGUCUAACGAGGAGAGCCGCUACAACUCCACCAUUGAGGUGGGGGACCACAGAUUUGUCGUGCUGCCCACGGGGGAGGUGUGGUCGAGGCCCGACGGCUCCUACCUCAACAAGCUGCUCAUUACCCGCGCCAAGGAGGAGGACGCUGGCAUGUACAUCUGCUUAGGCGCCAACACCAUGGGCUACAGCUUCCGCAGCGCCUUUCUCACUGUGCUGCCAGAUACAAAGCCUCCGAUCGCAGCCACGUUCCCAGCAGCCUCCAGCUCCCUCCCCUGGCCUGUCAUCAUCGGCAUCCCUGCUGGAAUAGUGUUCAUCUUUGGCACAGUGUUGCUGUGGUUCUGCCAGAGCAGAAAACACUGCCCUCCUCCCAGCGCUCCGAGCACACAGGGACUGCAGAGCUCUCAUCGGCCGGCGUACCGAGAGCGGGAGAGGGCCUGCCCCGCUCCGUCGUCGAGCUCCUCCAGUCCAGAAAAAGACUGCAUGGGCUCCUUGAACUAUGAGGAGUACCUGGUGCAGCAGCAGCUCCUCCUUGGCCAGGGAGGACCAACGGCCCCGCCGAAAAUCUACCCCAAAAUCUUCACUGACAUUCACACACACACUCACUCACAUGUGGAUGGCAAAGUACACCAGCACCAGCACAUCCAUUUUCAGUGUUAGCCUAAGAGCCAGACAUUCCUCACAGCUGUGAGCUGUGGACUGGACAGCAGCUGCCAAGUGACACUCGCCUGGCAUCACUCUUCCAGAACUGCUGGGAAAGCGUACAUGUUUGACAAGACAGUGGCCAGUGUUUUAUUACAUUAAAACUUCCUUACUUGGUGCUUUUUUUUUAUUUUUAAACCAGUCAAAAGCUCACACCACUAGAAAUAAAAACCCCAUCCAUCCUUGUUGUGCACUUAAUACAAAAAGGUCAAGAACAUUUUUGAAGAGUGUGAGGUAAACUGCAGCUAUCCAGACCAGUAGAAGUUUCAGCUAUUCAGUGGCUGAACUUGCAUUCGGUUCUCAUGAUCGGCUGUUGGAGCACCGAGGAUUCUCUUUCUUGGUGAAGCAAAUGAAAAAGGUACUCGAGAUUUACAAAAGGGCUGGUUUUAUUCUCCUACUCAGGUUGUCCUUGUGUUUGUUAAAGACGCAUUAUGCUGGGAAUGCUGACCACUAUCCUGUAUGCAAGCCUUUUCCAUCCCCAGUUAAAAGUGAUAUAUGAAAUAGAUUGGGAACAGUUUGUUAUGGUAUGUGAAACCUUGCCAAAGACUGCAAGGGAUGAGAAGAUUGUGCUUCCAUUUUACACGUCAAGUAUAUUCAGUAAGUUUAGACUUCAUUGAGGUGGAUUCCCAUUACAAGUUUGUAGAUUAUUCAAAUAAACCAGAUGAGAAUGAGUCUUUUCAGUCCACCACAGUUCAUGAAGCUGUAGUCAUAUUUUAUUUAUUUUCCUAAAAAAAAAAAGAAAGAAAAAAGAAAAAUCUAAGGUUUAUUUUUUAAAGGCAUUUUACAUUUCUAUAUAAUAUUAAAGUAUACUGUUGUAUAUUGUACAUUUUGAGUACUUUGUCAACCAGUUUAAUCUCAUUUACUUCAUGCCAAUAUGUAGGCAUUUCAUUAUUUGUUAUAUUUGACAAUCUUGUAUGAUGUAUUC